AUGUGGCGCUUUCGGUGCGUCGCGACCGGCGUCGAGGUCGACGCGUCGCGCGAGCUCGAGCUGGGCCGGCGCCACGUCCUCUCGGACGACGCAUCGUCCAACGUCUCGCGCGUCCAGGUCGCGCUCGAAGGGAGCGACGCCGGCGUGGCUGUCGAGGGCCGUGGCCGCAAUGCAACGCUCUGGCGCCGCGACGGCGAAGUGGGCUGGCGGAAGCUGUGCGCGGGCCAGCGGGCAACGCUGCGCCACGGCGACAGCCUCGCGCUCGACGGCUCGGAGGCGAGCCGCCGCUCCGUCUUUGUGCUGCAGCAGAGGGAGCCCUCCGUGCUGCCCUCGCCCAAGCGGCCGCGCCCUUCGCCGCAGACGGAGCCGGCGGAGCGGCUCCCAUCGCCGCCGGCGGCAAGGGUACCACCAGCCUCCUCGCCGGGCGCGGACGGUUUCACCACCGCCGCCGCCGCCGUCGCCCCCGCCGCCCCUGCCGCCACCUCGGGCGGCGGCAAGUUGCCGCGGCCGGCCGGCGGCUCUCUCAAGGCGCUCACGAUCAAGCAGCCGUUUGCCUCUGCGAUCAUGGCGGGCGUCAAGCGGGUGGAGAACCGGAGCUGGGCGCCCAACCUGCCGCCCAGCGGGCUGUGGGUCGCAGUGCACGCCGCCGCCUCGUUCCACCCCUCGGGUCCGGAGCUCGACGCACUGCGGAGAUCGCCCGAGAUGCCCCCUGUCCUCUCCUCGGCAGUCGGCUCGAGGCUGGAGCAGUGCUUCGGAGUCAUGGACGAGGCGCUCGCGAAGGCGGUCGCCGCGAUGGCGCAGAAUCUGCGAGCCGCCCAGCGCGAGGCUGUCCCCACGACCGGCGUUGCCACAACUCUUGACGGUCUUUGUGGCGUGGGCGGCGCCCGGCUGCCGUGGGAGGAGGUCGCACGGGCACUCGCGCCGCUGUCUGCCGCGUCGAGCGACGAGUCCGCGCCCUUGACCUCCCGCGCCCCAGACCCUCCAACUUUAUGUGUCUUCGAAGAGGGUUAG